ACCGCGGCAACAACACCGACCCGACCCGGUCUACGGGAAAACACCGGCGGCAGCAAACCCGCGCCCAGUAACCCCGACAAAUAUCGGAAAAGGAAGAGGAACUAUUUCCUGGCCUGUUCACUCCUCCUCCUCCUCCUCCGCAGUGAUGUCAUUGCCCGGAGUAAAUAUUCGACAUUGAGUCUGAGAGGAAGAUGCGAGAGAGAGAGGUGGAAAAUACAGAGAGAGGAUAGAGGGAAGGAGACAGGGAGAGAGAGAAUACAGGGAAGGAGACAGGGAGAGAGAGGAUACAGGGAAGGAGACAGGGAGAGAGAGGAGACAGGGAGAGAGAAAGAGUUAGUGAAUAGAGAGAAGGAGAUAGAGAUCUGGGUAAACAGAGAGGGCUGGCGAAUAGGGGGAAGGUAAGAGAGCAAGAGGAAGGAGAAUAAACAACUGAAGGGGAAAGAAGGAUCGAGAAAACGAAAGAAGACCAGUUUGACGGGAGGAAAGCGGCAAUAAAUAAGCGGCUCGAUCAUAGAUAGAGGAGGGGGCGAGUGGGGGAUGGGGCAGUGAGGGAGCAGGGGAGAGCGACCAUCGCCGACAUCCGCCCGUCCUCUCCACUCCUCUCCUCUCCAAGAUUUGAUCCCCGAGGGCAGCGAUCAGCAACAACACCAUGAAAGAUCUAUUUUCACAUGAGCACAACAAUGAAGCGUAUAAACUAUUGAAGCAAAUAAACCAUUACUUGGAACAAGAAUCCAAAUUUUUACCACGGCCAAGAGGUCUUGAUGCAAUAGAAUCCACCUUGGAGAAUGAUGAUUGUGUCUCUCCGAAGUUAAGAGAUGCUAAAGUGGAAGAUCUCCGGAGCUUGACCAGGUUCUUUGGCUGCAGUACAGAGACUUUUGUUUUGGCAGUUAAUCUCCUGGACCGAUUUCUGUCCUUCAUGAAGGUGCGACCUAAACACCUGCCUUGUCUUGGAAUGAGUGUCUUCCAUCUCGCAGCAAAGGCCAUUGAGGAAGAAUGCAAUAUUCCUUCUGAACAUGAUCUGCUCCGCAUUAGCCACUGCAAGUUUACUGUGUCUGAUCUCAAGCGAAUGGAAAAGAUUGUCUAUGAAAAGCUAAAUGGAGAACUCAAGGCUGUCACGGCCUUUCAUUUUCUACACCUGUAUCACGCCCUGGCACGCUACCAUAUAACUGAAGGGAAAGAAUAUCUAAUACUUGAUAAACUGGAAGCACAACUGAAGGCCUGCAGCUGCCGAUUUGUGUUUUCAAAAGCUAAACCAUCUGUAUUGGCUUUGUCGCUUUUGACCCUUGAAGUUGAAAACUUGAAAUCUGUAGACCUGUUUGAGAUUAUACUGCGUGUUCAAAAACAUUCCAAAAUAAAUCAUCGUGACUUGACAUACUGGCGUGCCCUGGUCUCGAAAUGCCUGGCUGACUAUUCUUCACCUGAAUGCUGCAAACCUGACAACAAGAAGCUUGUGUGGAUUGUUUCAAGGCGUACUGCCCGCCACUUGCAGAACAGUUACUAUAGUGUUCCUGAACUGCCAACUAUUCCAGAAGCCGGCUGUUACAGUGAAAUGGGAAGUGACGAUUCUUGUGAAGAAAUGAGCUGUGGUGAAAGCAGUCUGAGCAGUUCCCCAAGGAGUGACACAGCAGAAGAGUUCUUCCCUGAAGACUUCGUGCAUCAAUCCAAGUGGCAAAAUCUGUGCUACCGAACUCCAUCUGCAAACUCUUUGUAGAUCAGUGGGUCACAUGAGCUCUCACAUCCAUGCUUUUAAAUUGUCAACAUGGAUGCAUUUUAAAAAGUGAAACGUGAUUGCAAGUUUGAUGUAAAUGUGGAAAGGAAGUGUUGGGUAUUGAGACUUCCACUGAGCUUGCCUGCAUAAACUACAAAAUAACAAAAACAGCUCAAGAUUUGUGAGAUUUCCCAAUUUCUGCUUAACCUGUGAUCCCAUACUGCAUCUCUGAAGCUUUGACUUUUAGCCAGUUAGAAUUACUUUGGCCAUUUUAACUGGGAAAUGACCCUUUAAGUGCUUCCCACUUUUUUGGCAAAUUCUAUUUGAUUUUAGAUUUUAGUAACAAUAGUAAUGUAAUUUUAUGGCACUUUAAUUUUUAGAUGAAUACCUGUUGGGGUGGGUGUGGUGUAAAUCAAAAACAAAUACCUUCAACUCAUUCAUUCAAAAUACUUAAUCUACAAACGAAUUUCCAUCAAACCACAGUGAUUUAUAACUUUACAAGUACAUCGAUCAACAAUUUGACGCAUAAAAUAUGCAGUUAUGAAUAUCUUGUAGACUUUUCUUAAUGUUCUCCUGGAGAAACACUCUUUUGUUGUGUGCUAUCUAUACCAAUUGGCAGAAACAAAAGGCCACAUUGCUGAUUCAAAAACAAGUAAUUUGAAUAGGAACUGGAAUCAAUAAAUUGGUUCUAUGGUACCAAUUUUGCUUUCUGGAAUUUAAAAAAAAUCCCCUUUGGAAGCAAAAUUAUUCCCCUGAAAACAUCCUUUUAGAGGGGAAAUACAUCAGUGCUUAUGCUAAAAGUUAUAGAUUGCAGCUGCACAAUUUCAAAUGAUUGGUUAUUUGUAAAAAGUCAUUCGUAUUUCAAGACUGGCUUAAAUAGUAACUGGGAAUUCAAUUAAUUAGCGCCUACUCUUUUGGUUGAAUGGUUUGGUGGGGAAGGGAUAAUUUGUAAAGAUUGAAGAAUGAAGUGAAAGCAAUUGGAUAAAAUGUGAACAUGCCCAGCCUGAGUUGUUCACCCGCCCUGACAAGAGCCGAGCAUUAUUUUAAGUUUUGUUUCUUCAAAAAUGGAAUUGCUCAAUAUUUAGAAAAUCUGUAUUGCAUUUGGAAUCAUUUAAAUAAGCUUUUUAUUUUAGAGGUGUAGAUUGUAAACUUAAUUGCUGGAAUUCUUAAAUCAACAGUGACACCAAUUUUCUGUGUUUAGUCAAGCGGCCAAUAUGCAGGAUUGUUCCUGCUCAAAUGUAAUCCUGUAUUUCUUCCCCUUUCUUUACCCACUUGUCACAGGUUAUGUGUGUUAGCAUGACAGAUGUAAUAAUCACAAGACUAGCAGCAGCCCUGUGUCUGUCACCUCAGCUGAUCUGGAUAGAGCCAAGUUUGUUUAUGCUAGGAAUGUCUUUUAUAAUAAAACAAAAACUGCUGGAGGAAUUGAACAGAUUGAGCCGCCCGCAUCUGUUUUGUGGAGGGUGGGGAGAUAAAUUUAUUGACAUUUUCGGUCAAGUUCCUCCAGCAGCUUAUUUUGGUGUUGCUUCUGAUUCCAGCAUCUUCAGUCUCUAGUGUCUUCUUGAAAUUUGUAACGUUGAAAUGCUAGCUUUUAAAGAGUGCCAUCUGGAGGAAGUGUCCUAUUUUAAAAUUUGCAAAUAUGAGAGCUUUAUCAAAGCCACAUUGCUCUUUUUAGUGGCAAUUACCUCCACGAGGAACCUUUUUUGGUUGUGUUUUGUCAAAUCUUUUGAUGGUUCAAUUGCCAACUAGAUAUUUUUGACAAGGACUUCACCGUGUGAUUAUAUUAUACAGGUUGGCACAGUUGGUCAACUAAUGCGUAUGUUUUCUCUUGGUUUGUACUUUGCGGAAGUAAUAAUAAGCUACAGUACACCCUAGCUAAGGUGAACGUUUGCAGGGAAAAUUCUAGUAUGUAGAAAAUUGUAUAGAAAAAGUGUAAAGGAUAACUUAAAAAUGUACAGAAAAAAGUGCACUUAUUUUCCUAUUCAGGUAUGAAAGCAAUCCAAUGCACUUAAAGGAUGUAUGUAGCAAUGUCCAAUUAAUAUGUAGCAUUGUGUGUGUGUUUUUAAAAAAAACAUGUAGAUACUAACUUAUUGUACACUUUCAAUUUAUAAAUAUUGUACCACUCAUCAAUCUCACAGCUACCAUGAGAUAUUGAAGAAAUAAAUAUUCUUUUCAAA